AUCAUAAUCAUUUUUUAAAUUAAAAAAGUCCCCACAUCUUAUGAUGAAAUUAAGCCUAUAAAUUCCAAAUCAAUAAAGGUGUAAUCCACCUCAUAUAAUAAUUAUUAUUAAGGCAAACAAAUAAUUUUGCCCACAAAAUUAAGCAACCUGUACGGUCCUCUCCUAUGUCCUUCCUGAGCUUCUUCAAUUCAACCCUUUUCUUACUGUUUCAUGUCUGAAUCCUUUAAUUAACCUCAUUGAAUUCCUUCUUCUAGGUAGCUCCUUUAUUUACAUUGAUAGCUGCCUACCCUUUUAUUCAUUCCUUCAGACUAACCUACUUUUUCAUACGGCAACUUUUGGUACGAAGGUUGAGCUGCUUAUGCAGUUUGAAUUCUGCUUGUGGGGCUUCUCUGAUUGGAAAUGUUGAAUUUUUGUUCAUAAAGCAUGAAUCUUGGAUCGAACCCAUCUGGUUCAGCUUGUCAUUUGUCCCUUUGAGAUUGAUUUUCCAAGCAACCAAUUGAACUGAAGGUGUUUAUCCCCCCUUCAAUCUGAAUCUUCCUGUUCUUCAAUGUGUUUGGUGAUGGCUGGUGAGUUUUCUAUCAAAUGACUUGAUUGGGAUGCGAGCUGGAAUAUUCAUUGCUUCUUGGUGAAUUGAACUGUUAGGUUUGAGGUUUGGUCCUCUUAUUUUUUGGUUCAGAAGCUAUCCUUUAUUGUUUCGGUUCCUAAAGUUUCACUCUUUGGGUUUCUUCAAUUUUAGCAUUCAAGUUGAUUUUUGCAUGCCUUCUAGUACAUAUGAUGUAUCGCCAGUAGGCCCUCUUCCAAAAAUUUUAUGAAACGACUUAUUAGGCCUUUAUCUGGUGCUAUGUAUAUAGUACAUGAGAACGCUGUGAUCUCAUAGGUUCAGGUGUUCUGAUUGGUUCCGUUAAUUUGUAUAGUAUGAGGCCAAUGGUUUGGCUGUUUUAAUUUGCCAUUCAGAGGUUUGAGGCGGUAAGGGGAGGAUCAUAUUUCUUAGAAGGUUUUGGGUAGAGCAUCAUUAUCAGUAUGAGGAAAAUUAGUUCACAUUCAGGGAGAACGUACAGUGACAGGAGAUGGAAAAUGCCGUUCUUGAUUAGUUUGCUCGUGUCUAUAACUCUGUUCAUGAUAACAAUGUUUUGCUUCUAUUCAUCAUAUAAUGCCGGCGAUGAAUUGGAAGUUAAAGUCAUCUCAUUGAGUGAACAAGAGGAUUCCAACGAUUAUUUUGUAGAAUCUGAUUUAAAGAAGUCACUUAGAGCAAAUGAUGAUCAGAGUACAGAGCCACCGAGAUUUGCCUAUCUUAUAUCAGGCACUAAGGGUGAUAGUCAAAGAAUGUUGAGGACAUUGCAGGCAGUCUAUCACCCACGGAAUCAGUACAUUUUGCAUAUGGAUCUUGAGGCUCCACCAAAGGAGAGAUUGGAUUUAACAAUUUCAGUAAAGACUGACCCAACUUUUCGUGAAGUGGAAAAUGUGCGUGUAAUGGCACAAUCCAAUUUGGUUACAUACAAGGGACCUACUAUGAUUGCCAAUACCCUUCAGGCUAUUGCGAUUUUGUUGAAGGAGAGUAAAAACUGGGACUGGUUUAUAAACUUAAGCGCUUCGGAUUAUCCUCUAGUGACUCAAGAUGAUAUGCUUUAUGUUUUCUCUAACUUAUCCCGGACACUAAAUUUCAUUGAGCACACUCAACUUCGGGGAUGGAAACUGAACCAAAGAGCUAAGCCCAUAAUCAUUGAUCCUGGUCUUUACUUGUCAAAGAAAUCCGAGCUUGCUGUGACUUCUCAACGCAGAUCACUUCCAACAGCUUUUAAGCUAUUUACUGGUUCAGCAUGGGUGAUCCUAACACGCUCAUUUGUAGAGUAUUGUAUCUGGGGUUGGGAUAAUAGCCCCCGUAGUAUCCUCAUGUAUUAUGCGAAUUUUGUCUCCUCUCCAGAAGGCUAUUUUCAUACAGUUAUUUGCAAUAGUGAAGAUUUUCGGGCCACUGCAAUCAAUCAUGAUCUCCACUAUAUUGCUUGGGACACUCCACCUAAGCAGCACCCAAUCUCAUUGACCCUCAAGGAUUUUGGGAACAUGGUUAAUAGCACGGCACCAUUUGCAAGAAAAUUUCGCAAGAAUGAUCCUGUAUUGGACAAGAUUGACAAAGAGUUGCUUGGUCGUUCAAAUCGUUUUGCACCAGGGGCUUGGUGUAUAGGCAGCUCAGAAGGUGAAUUGGAUCCAUGUGCUUCUCGGGGUGAUGAUUCUGUCUUAAGGCCAGGUCCUGGUGCUAAGAGACUGCAGGAACUAAUGAGAAACCUUUUAUCGGAAGAUUCCCGGAGCAAUCUGUGUUCAGCAUAGAGCUGAAGUUGCAAAUCAAUACUUUCUGACUGUGAUAACAUAGCCUAGUAGAAGCGCAGGAGGACAUUUAUUGAACUGAUCAGACAGCUGCAAAAGACGGCAGUUGUAUGAGGUUCUGUGUACAAUUUUGGAGCAAGUAAAGGAAAGAAUUGGUUUAAAAACCACAAUUUGAAAUCGGUCUCAUUUUAUACUUGUAAUUGUAAAGCAUAGUAGGUAGAACUGAUACAUUGCUCUUGAAAAUGUUGCUAUACCUUUUCUUUUUUAUCUUUCCUUGGUUAUAUAGGGUCUAGAUUUUUGAAAGGUUACAUGCAUUGCACAUAAUUGGUUUCCAAGAGUCAAUUCAAACGUCAUGCUCAGUGUAGUUUUUAUAGGUAGAAAAUUUCUUAGCUUAUUUUCUUUGCCAGUGAAUUUGACAAGUCAUAUCUGGAAAGUGAUACAUAUGAUCUUUGCGAUCAAAGAUCUAAGCAUGCUCUUAUGACAUGAUUGCAAUAAGGACUCGCAAG